AUGGCAACAUCUUCUUAUUCUUCACAAAAGCAAUGGUCACCGCCAAAGCCAUCUUAUAAUUCACCAAAGCCAGCGAUGAAAUCUUCAUCAACAACCCCAAAACCACAAUCAACAAUUGACGAUCAAAUGUUCAUUCGUGAUGCAUUUUUGCUAAAUAUGGAACGAAUGCAUAAUUGGACGUUCAAAGAUUCCCAUUCAAUCAAAGAUCGUGAAAUUCAAGAUAAGUACUCGAUCACAUGUUCACCCAAAAGUCAAAACAUUUCACUUUUUGAAGAUGAACAUAGAGAUAGUUUCGAUGUUUCAUCUUCAAAUGCAAGCCUAUCAACGGAGCAAAGUGUGUUUGAAGGAUGGGAUGAAUCAGACAUGAGAGAAGAACACGAUCGCACUCAACUCUCCCCCAAACAACACCUUUUAGCCAGCAAGAAAUGGGCAAGCUCAACGGCCAAAGCGCUCUCCUCAAAAAAGCUGUUCAGUAUGUCAAAUAGGGUGAUGAACGAUAUCUCUUCUUCCCUUUCUCAUCGAAAUGAUAGCUUCUUUGAAGAGAUCAUGGAAGGUGCUCUAUCGCCCACAAUGAACAGAUCUGAUCGCUUUCCUUCUUCAGCAUCGAGGACUUCGUUGGAGACAUCUUCACACUAUCAAAGUGCAUGGGGAUCGCUCGAGGAAAGAAGUAUGAUCGGUUUGGGAUUGGAAGAUUUACAUGGAUCACCUGCAAAGACGGAGAAGCCAUUCCGUCAGACUGGAUCCCCUUUGUCUUUCGAUCCUUUCCGUCGUCCUCGCGCUCCAUUUCCACAAGGACAAGGGGAAGUGCAACGACCAAUCCCAAAGAAGGCAGCAAUGCUAUUGGGCACAUACACAGAUCAAAGUGCUGUAAGCCCACUUUCAAAAUCACUUCAAUCACCUACUCGAUCACCUUGUCCUGAUCGAAUGAAUGGGAUAAGCGAAAUGACACGUCCAAAGCCUGAAGUUCCACUCAAAUCUCCAACUCGUCCACCUGUUCGUCCAAAGAGACCGACAGAGAGUGACAUUUUUGCUGAUAUGGUCGAUAAACCAUUACCGCAACAGCAACAAUUGCUCCCACAAAGACCACCUCGUCCAAAUCGUCGUCGAUUGCCAAAGCCGUUGCCUAUUCCAACAACACCUUUGCCAGACGUUCCCGUCUCGCCAAACGAUGAUGAUGUGGCUACGCCUAUUGGCUGGGUGAAUGACAGUGGCGGCAAGAGAGCAAAUAAUUAUUCAGCUUACAACAAGUUUGAAGCUGAGCUCACGCAUGUGGAAGGAUCAUUUAACCGUGACACAACGAAAGUCAUCCUCGAAGUUGGUGGAAUGCAAUUCAAUUCUACUUUUUCUACACUUUGUCCACAUGAUAUACCUGUGAGACAAUUCGGAUUGGCUUCUUGGUUACGCAAAAUUGGAGAUGGAUUGGAAGAGGAUUCAGAGGAAACACGAUCACACUCUUUCACUUCUUCUGAUGAGGAUGAUCUCGGAACUGAUCGCGGUGGUCUUUCAACGGUAGAGAACAGUCCUUCCGUUCGUACGCCAGGCCUAUUCGAACAUCCAUACAAUCCUUUGGACAAGAAUAAUGUACUGAGAAACAAUCUUGCAAAUUUACCAAAAAGUGUUUCAAACGAAUCUCAACUUAGCUUUGUUUCCGUCGAUGCAAAAAAGAGCUCUUCCAUCUUCGCUUACGAUACGGAUGCAAACGCACCAAGGAACAGCUUUGGCAUGGACUUUGUGCCGAGAAGAACGAGCAGCUGCAGCGAUUUGCAAAGAAUCUCAAAUGGCCAUAAGCAGACCGCCUCUUUCAACGAUCAAAUGCCCGCUUUGGUAUUUACGCCUAAAUCCAACAAAUUCAAGCAAAAGCCUGUCUCAAAGCAAAGUUCUUCUUCUGUCUUGCACAUUGUACUGGCAAACGAUCGUAACCCUCUAUGUUAUCCGAUUAUUUUGCAUCUUUUACAAUUUGGCAAACUUCCAGCUUAUUUUUCCACACAAACCGCACAAAAUCGUUCUCUCCUUCGUUGCAUUCGUCAAGAAUGCUUUUGGUUAGGUUAUAUGCAUUUAAGUCACCUUUGUACAUAA